UCAAAAUUGAUGGUUUACUCCAGUAAAUAUGUUUUUGGAUCUCAGUUCCUGGGUGUAACGACCCCUUGAAAAGCAAUUACACAUACCCCUCUGUUCUCGCAUUGCUGUUGUUUUGUGAUAAGGUUUGUUUGAAGGCACUUACUCCGAUACUUCUGGGACCCAUCCCUAACGGCAGGUCAUAAAACCCUGGUAAUCUUCCCGACUGGGCGAACCAUCCAAUCCCACGAUUAGAUUGCUGGAGAAAUGGGCAGUGCACGGAACAUAUUGUUGCUCUCGUCGUCGCGUUUGCACGGCCAUGGGUAUUUGGAGCACGCCCGUGUCCAACUGGAGGAUCUCUUCAAGAGUGCCAGUGUGAAGACGGUGCUCUUUGUGCCCUAUGCCCUGCGGGAUCACGAGAAGUACACUGCCACCGUGCGGAAUGCCCUGGAACCCUGGGGCUACAAUGUGGAGGGACUGCACACGAAGCCGGAUCUCGAAAAGGCCUUGAAGGAGGCACAGGCCAUCUUCGUGGGCGGCGGCAACACCUUCGUCCUGUUGCGCACCCUCUACCAGCUGAAUUUGCUCGAUCUCAUACGGGAACAGGUGCUCCAGCGGGGACUACCCUAUGUGGGCAGCAGUGCAGGCACCAAUGUGGCCACCCGAUCCAUCCACACCACCAACGACAUGCCGGUGGCCUAUCCACCGAGUUUCGAGGCCCUGGCCCUCGUGCCCUUCAACAUCAAUCCUCACUAUCUGGAACCGGAGCCGGGCAGCCAGCACAAGGGCGAGACGCGGGACGAGCGGCUCGAGGAGUUCGUGGCCUACCACGGACUGCCCGUCCUGGGUCUUCGCGAGGGCACCAGUGUCCGGGUCCAGGGCGAGAAGGCCACGCUCCUGGGAGAUCGCUGUGCCAAGCUCUUCAAACCUAUUGGCGGCGCCGAGGAACUGGCUCCCCAAACGGAUAUCAGCUUCCUGUUGCAGAAAUAAAAACUAAGAAGCCCCCAAUGAUUGAGCUAAAGAAAAUAUAUAAAUUUAUUGUGCAUAUGAUACACAAACGUAAUUCGUAUUAUUCUGCAUAAAAAAAAAUUCCUACACAUAAA